AUGAAGCGGAAUCGCAUCCAUUUCGAGGCCAAUGGUGAUGCGUCGCCCACUUCGCCGCCAGGGGGCUUCACGCCGGAGGACCAACGACAGGCGCAUGUCCCGAAGAUCUCCCGGAGGAUACGCGCAUGCACGGAAUGCAAAAAGCACAAGGUUCGAUGUGAUAUGAAGGCAGGCGAGUCGACAUGCUCGCGGUGUCGGCGCAUGGGUCUGGAGUGCGUGGUCAAUAAGAGCCUGCAGACGUUGUUGGAGGAUGAGGCCGAUUGGAAGACCAUGAUCGAGCUGGCGAUGACCGACCUGCUUAGGAAGUCACAGCUCCCGGAACUAUCGUACUAUCAGGCCGGCGGCGGAUCGAUCGAGACGCCUUCGAAGAAACGGGGGCGCAAAGAUUCAACGGUGUCGGUGGACGAAUCUGGCCAUGCCUUGGGGCAUCACAGCAAGAAUAACUCGGCAGAUACUACGGCAGGCCGGUUGACGGGAUCCAAUUCGUCUAGUUAUGCCUUUUCUCAACAACAGCCGCAAUAUAAGAUCGACCGUGAGGAGACAAGUGCGACUUCGCUCGUGACCGCUCCUAUGGGAAGUCUAUAUGAGGUGACACAGUUGAGUGAGAACCGUGAGAAUUCACCGAGCGAUGAUUAUGCGCCGGACCAGGCCCUGGUGACGGAUUUCAUCUCGCGCGGCGUGGUUGAUCUCCAGGAGGCUGAGGAACUGUUCUACCACUUCGAUCAGGUCCUCAACAGAUACCUUUGGGACGGAGCAUUGCUGGCACACAAGGAUUUGACAUCCGCUCGGAGAUCAUCUUCUAUGCUGUCCGCUGCCAUUCUUGCGGUGACGGCGCUUCACAUGCCCACUAAGGAGCGAACAUUCGAUACUUGCUACACAGAGUUUGCAAAAUUGGCGUCUGAAUCGAUGCUUGGACAUCACCAUACCAUGGAUGACAUCCGGGCACUAUGUAUCGGGGCUUUUUGGCUUGCAGACGUGAGCUGGAAGCUCUCGGGCUACGCCGUUCGCAUUGCGACCGAGCGCAAUCUGCAUCAAUUCUUCCGCAAAGCUGUCCAGGGCUCUCCUGAACACAAGGAGCAAGCUAGAUUAUGGUACCUUCUAUACACCCUCGAACACCACUUCUCCAUCGCCUACGGCCGACCUCCCAUCAUCCACGAAGACCCAGCCAUCACACAACACAAUACAUUCACGCAAUCACCCACGAUAUCACAAGGAGAUCUAAGGCUACACAGCCAGGUUGAUCUGUUCAUUGUCCUGACCCGUAUAUACUUUGCAUUCGGUCCUGACGUGGACCUCGAGGUCCCCGAGAGCGAAUUUCCAAAGAUCGACCAGUAUGACCAGGAGUUAGGAGAUUGGAAGUCAGCAUGGCUACCGCGUCUUGCUGGGAGCCGGCACGUUGGCGCAUACCCAUACAAAGCCGUCUACAUGCACUACCACUUUUCUCGACUUCAGUUGAACUCGGUUGCCCUCCGAACAUAUCAUUCUUCUACCUCCUCCAAAGCGAUGUCGCCCGAGCGCAGGAAACGUGCCAAUAUUGCCAUUGAAUCGUCGAUCGCCACCCUCCAGGUGGUUCUAGAUGAGCGAGACAUUCAGCGUGCUCUGGUCGGUGUACCGCUAUACCUCCACAGUAUGAUUACCUUUGCGGCGGUAUUCCUCUUGAAAAUCGCCGUCAAAUCAUGUUCCAACCAGUGUGGCCAGGGCCAAAGCACCUCUAUCUCUUCAGCCGGCCUGAUCAUUGACAUUCCCUACGUGCGGAUCUUGGUUGGGCGCAUCGUCGAGGUGAUGGUGUCCUGUAGCCAACGAGCCAGCGAGCGUCAUUUAAGCCAUCACAUUGCUCGCGGUCUGCGAAAGAUGCUCACUGGCCUCGAAGAGUGGGAGAAGCGGAACGGUACCCAGCAGUCAGGCGGGCCCACUCCCCAGUCAGAGACCUCCUCGCUAUUCAAGCCUGUCAUUAUCCCUGGAGCUCAAAUACUCGGUGAGCGAGAUACCAUCCUGAACCAUCCGCCUCCGUUGUUGGGUGUGGCACCACUAUCAGCCGAACGCAGCAACGGGUUCGAUCCGGGUCUUGGACUGGCCAAGGACGAGCCGGGGCUUUCAGAAGGCUCGAUGGACCCGAUGAUGGCGGAUCUGUGGGGAUUCGAUGAAGAGUAUUUCCCCACGGGCGUGUUUGAUUUCCUGCAGAGUCAGAUGCCAGCGUAA